CACAAUCAACAUCAUGAAACAGCCAUCAUUCGAAGUUGACUGCACAUUCUACGAGCAAACUAAGACCAAGACUGAAUACACUGACUGCGGGGGCUGCACGCUGCAGACAAAAUUCUUUGGGCUUGGGCUUGUAAGCCACCUGCCUCAUUCUAUUGCCUUGGUGUCCAUUCUUCUAUGAUCCCCUGGAUAAGACUAACUUCUUGUAGCCUUGCCAAACUACUACGACGAUCCCAGGUGUUGCUCGAGAGACUGUCACAGCAUGUAAGACGCGGCCAGUCCACAUUCCAGUUCCCACGGCGUAAUGCAGCUAUUCCUUCUGGGGCUUGAGUACUACGUGAGUGGAGCGGGCAUGGGGAUGAAGAUGUGGAUAAGGUCGUGGAUGGUGGUGAUGGGUUGGCGUUUCUCUCAGUGUUCUGUCAAGGGUUUGGACGGCAAGGGGGCAUCAAAAAUGGCAUAUUUUCAUGCAUCGAUUCUGUAAAGUAAACGGCAU